AUGGAUAAGCAGGAGUAUUACAAAAGAAUGAAGGAAUCAAUUCAAGAAGACAAUUUCUCCGUUUCCAGUAAAUCACCGCUUAACGCCAUGGAAAAAAAUGCCAAAAUCGCUACGGACUCUAUUUGCCAGGCCUUUGGUGUAAACAAAUACCAUUUAAUUGUUUCAAAUCCCUCCGAUCCUUUGAUGUAUGGACUCCCAAAAGUUCAUAAAAAUAGAAGCAAAAUGCGGAAAAUCGUGUCGAACAUAAAUUCACCCCUUUCAAAUAUUGCCCGCUGGUUAGUGAAAGACUUAAAGAGAUUUGGUUCCUUCGAUGGUUACUCUGUAAAAAAUUCAUUGGAUUUUGUAGACAAAGUGCGCGACAUUGAAAUUGAAAAAGAUGAAAUAAUGAUUUCCUUUGAUGUUGAAGCACUUUUUCCGUCGAUUCCAGUCGAUACGGCCAUUGAAGCAAUUGAAAACCACUUGAAUAAGUUCAGUAUACCUGACGAUAAGUUCAAUGAAGGUGUUUUGCCACGAAUUUGGCAUAGAUAUGUGGACGAUACUUUCGCCAUAGUGAAAAUAUCCGACGUAGAUAAAAUACUCGGAACACUUAACAGCCGCUAUCCGAGUAUCAAAUUCACUUUUGAAAAGGAAGACGAAAAAACAAUUUCUCUUCCUUUUCUUGAUAUUCUUAUUAAGCGAAAAGGAAAGAAACUUGAAUUCGGCAUUUAUCGGAAGUCAACAUCGACCACCCGAUACAUUACAAAUGACUCCUAUUGCACAUAUCAGCAAAAACUGUCCUCAUUUAAUUCAAUGGUUUACAGACUCUGUUCCUUGCCAUUGUCUGCACAAGACUAUAUGAAAGAAUACAAACAAAUAAAACACAUCGAUCAGCUGAUAAGUAAACACUCCAAUCAAAUAAGACGGAACAAGGAGAGCACGCUUUUCUCACAAACUCACACCGCAAAGUCGUCUCAACUACAGCGUGUUUCAUUGCCCUGCGUUCCCGCCAUCACAAAUACAUUGAAGAACGGCUUCCAAAAAUGUAAUCUGCAAGUAGUUUACACAAACAACAACAAACUUAGAAAUGCGCUUGGUUCAACCAAAGACAAAUUGCCGACGGAAGAACAGAGCGGAGUCUACGAA